AAAUAAUGUAUUUAUUGUAAGUUAAUUUAAAAUAAAUAUGUAAAUCACUACUAUGGCUUUAUUGCCAGAUUUGGACGUAAGAAACGUUCUCAAUGUUGUAGAGGAGAAUUUUGAGCGACUCGGUUUGAAAGCGUAUGCGAUUCGCAUGAUAUACACAGGCGAGCACGUUUUAGAUAAAGAUGAAAUGAUAAAACUCUUCCAAGCAACGAUAAAUAGUGUUAACUCUAGCUAUUCUGAUGUUAAUGUGCGUGGAUUACUUUUGGUUUAUGACAGCUACUUUGUACAUGUUGUUGAGGGUUCAGAAGAUACGGUUCAUACACAUUUAAGAUUCCUGUUCGAGCACGAAAGUAAAUGGAUAAAAGAGAAAUUCAAAGAAGACGAGAUCGGAGAAGCAGAUGAGGGCGUGGCUGAAAUAUUAGAUGAGCAAUUGACGCAAAAAUGUAAAAAAAAGAUAUUUAAACGUGCAAAGCUGUUAACAGUCUAUCAUUCAAUACAAACGCUAUUGUUUGAUGAUUGGCGAGCUUUAACCGCGCGACCACCGUCCCUCAUUGGAGCCCUGGAUGCUCAUGGGUCGAUGUCAGAACAAAUGGAACAGUUGCGGAUAUGCCUUGACAAAAUUAAAAGAAUAUGUGCGUACGCAAAAGGAAAUACGAAUUUAUCAUUCGAAGGAUUAAGCGCAGUGGAUCCAAAAAUGGAAGCAUUGCCAGAAGUGGCUCUGAUUGACUAUCUUUUGCAAUCGCAAUAUAUUUUGGAUCUGCGAUAUGUCAGUCAUCUGCAUCGACGCGUUGAUGACUACGCUUUCUAUUUCGAAAAUGUAUGGCCGCUUCCAACACAUUUCACGCCAAAACAUCUGUAUAAGUUGAAAGUGGACGACUCUUUUGUGGAGCCUCUUCCCGUGAUGCCAUGGGAGUUGGUGAAAAAGGAGGCCGAAGAGGAAGAGAGAGAGGACCGGCAAAGCGUUAGUUCUUCUAGCGAUUAAAAAUUAAACCUCUUUAUAACUUUAUUAUCUAAUUAAGGGAUAAUAUGUUAUUAUCUA